AAGUUUGCUCUUAAAAGCACAGUACUCUUGGUUGACCUUUCAGUAGCUUUCUGGAAUUUGCAGUGAUUUCGACUUUCAUAUUUGUAGUAUCGUUUCAAGGUGUUGGUUAACAGUUCAAAUGUUCGAGUCACAGAAGCUUGUUGCUCUAUGCUUACUGUCUUUUCGCAUACAUACGAUACUAUGCCAGAAUUCACAGAAUUAUGACCGUUUAUUUAAUUCCAUCUUUCCAACGAGAGAUACUAAUGAUCAAACUACAGAAUAUGCAAACAAAGUCUGUGGUUUGGGUAAGGAAUGCGUUAAACGUAUACUCUGCAACGAUGGCAAUAUUAUAAGAGAUGGGAGAACUUUACUGGACAUACGAAUCGAAUAUGACGCACCCUGUAGUUACUUGGAACACUGCUGUCACAUACGUCAUGUGUUACCAGAUAUGCCAACAUCCACAAUGGGAUCAAAUUCGAGACAAAACAACGGUUGCGGUUAUCGCAAUAAGAAUGGUGUAGUCUACGAAAUUACCGGAUCCCUUCAUAAUGAAGCGGAAUUUGCUGAAUUUCCUUGGAUGGUGUUAAUUUCUGGCAAUGACGGUUCGUAUAUCUGUGGCGGCUCGUUGAUCGCGUCAAAUGUUGUGCUGACAACGGCGCAUUGUAAGCUAGGCAAUAGGCCGGACAUGCUGUCGGUGCGUGCUGGCGAGUGGGAUAUAGAAAGCCUAUUCGAGCCAUAUAUACAUCAAAACAGGAUGGUUAAAGAGAUCAUACGUCAUGAAAAUUUCAAUUCCCAAUCAUUACAUAAUGACAUUGCGCUAUUGAUUCUAAGAUCGCCAUUCACCUUGGCACCGAAUGUACAACCCAUCUGCUUGCCGACAAGCAAUAUUGCUGUCGAUACCAAUAAUUGUGUUAGCAGCGGUUGGGGUAAUGAUAAAUUCGGUAGAAAUGGCGUUUAUCAGAAUAUUUUGAAGAAGAUGGAGUUGUCCAUUGUGCCGCACGCUACUUGUCAAGCUCAACUACGUAAAACCCGUUUGGGUCGCUUUUUCGAAUUAGAUCAGAGUUUGACAUGUGCCGGUGGUGAAGCAGGCAAAGAUAUGUGCACAGGCGAUGGUGGCUCACCGUUAGUGUGCGCCGACGAAAAUGAUCCCGAACGUUACUAUCAAAUUGGUAUUGUCUCUUGGGGUAUUGGUUGUCAUACGGACAAUGUGCCUGGCGUAUAUGCGAAUGUAUGGUAUUUACGGCCUUGGAUUAAUGAGAAGCUCAGGGAGAGGGGAUUCUAUUUGUAAUACAUUACACCCAUAAAAUUAUAUAUUAAUGAUUUAUAUUGCUUAAUAGACAAUUAUUAACUAAAUAAACAGUUCAAUAAAAAAAUUUUGUA